AUGAGCACACAUCCCUCUGGAGGAUAUCUAACCACCUCAACUGCAGUAGGUAGCCUCAAGCCCACCGUGGGUGGGACACUAAAAUUCAUCCAAAGCUCUGCCAGUUUUGCCUCUGUAAGUAUAUUCCUCCUCGACAAAGGAACACCAACCCGUACCUCCAACCCCUCUGAAGCUAAAGCCACGGUCACUCCCACAGACCCCGACAGUGAUGCCUAA